GCCGGAGAUCAUUCUUCGCUACAGCUCCUGCACUUAGCUUCGCAACUGUAAAACAUCUACGGAUUUGUAAAAGAACUCAUUGUUCUCAUGGAGACCAAAGAGGGUGUGGAAAAUUUAAAUCAAAUACACGCGAGACUCUUUAACCACAGCGACAGAGAAUGGUGCACUGCAAAUCAUCAGCUUUUAAAUUGCAACGACACAGGACUGAUUCGUGGUCACUAUAUGUGGGUGAAUGACAGAUCUGUUUUAUCAAAUGCAACCAAGGAGAACCAAGAAAGUCAUUUUAAGACCCACACUCUCCUGGAGCUUUACGAAGACAAGAGAAGACCUCGUCAAGUUGUCAUGUUAGAGCAUAAAAGUGGUUAUGUUCUAGCCAUAAACCAGGAUGAUGACACUGUCAUUGCUAAGGAACCCCCUAAACCUCCAAGCGAAUACAAAAUCCUUGAUGAAGUUAAAGAAGACAGUCCUGAGAUAUUGUUUUACAAGACGGCUAGAGUACCUGGAAGUGAGCUGUAUUACUUCACGUCCUUCCUCAAAGACAAGCAGCGCAUCAUCGGCUUUGAUCCGGAAGGAAAACAAAUCAACACCACCGAAGUACAACCGGAUAAGCGGGAAAGUUGGUUUUCUAUAGUGUAAAGUCUCUUUCAAUUACAAGAUUGAAAUUGCAGUUUACGGUAGAAGAGAUAUUUUCUAAACAGUAAAUUCUGGUAAGGAAAUUGUCACUUAGGUUAAGCUAAUGAAGUCAUAUGCAGUAUCAGUUUGAUAACAAAGUUUAUGAAGUUUGGAAAAAUGUUUUCAUAGAAUAGGGAUUAAAUCCACAGAAAGUAUUGCAAAAUUUAUUUUCAUAACGAGUAUCACUUUCAUGCCCAAGUAAUCUCAAAACGAUUUAUUAGAGAUGAAUUUUUAAGAAAAGUACGGCGUUUAAGCUAAUAGUGAAUUUAGAUUCAUAAUGAAUUUAAUACAUGUCAUAUCCUCUUAAAGGUUUCAUAAUAUUUCACUAGCAUUUCUAGGAGAUAUUUCAUUUUUCUACUGUUUUUCCCAAAAGGUAAAAGGUAACGAGACAAUUUUAAAAAUAUAAAAAACCUCCCAUAAGUUUAAGACCUGCGUGCAGCAAAAUGGUUGUGAACAUGUUGCUAACAAUUUUGAAUAAAUAUUUCUUUGAAAAUUAA